AUGCCCAGUGCGCCCGAGUCCGAGCAGCUGCAGGCGGCGCUGCAUGCGCGCCUCGUCGAGUCGGGCGAGUGGCACCGCAUCCUCGAGAUCCUGCGCCGCGGCCUCUCGGAGAGCGGCUGGCAGGCCGAGCUGCAGGAAAAGGCGCUGGGCCACGCAAAGGCACAGGAGACGCUCAGCCUGCCCGAGCUCGUGCAGAUGCUGCAGGUCGACGCCCAGGCGAGCGUGCCGGCAGCGCUGCGCGCCGAAGUCACCGCCGAGCUGCACAGCUUCGUCUCGCGCAACGUCGAGGAGACGUGA